AUGCCUUCCCACUUUCUUGGAGAUAAUAAUUAUGAACGAUACAAAAAGGCCUAUUUUGAAAGGUUUGAUGGUGUAUGGGCCCAUGGCGACUUCUGUCAGAUCAACAGUAAGACAGGUGGAGUGAUAAUGCUAGGAAGGAGCGAUGCAACACUCAAUCGCGGUGGUGUGCGGAUAGGUACUGCUGAAAUUUAUUCCGUCGUUGAAACAUUUGCUGAACUUGAUGACUGCAUUGUAGCGGGACAGAUAGUUCCUGACUUCGACGAGGAACACAUCCUUCUAUUCGUUAAAAUGGCUGAACACUUCACCCUAACCGAGGAUUUAAACGGCGAAUCUGCAUCCAAAUAA